CCCACCACUUGCCUAUGUUUUCAAAAUUCAAAAUGCAUUUGAUAACCAUGUUGUUGUUUAGGAAUCCGAUGUAUUGAGUAAUUCUGACAGAGACUGGGGAAUUGGAGAAAGAGAGACUCAUGAAAAUCCUUGGAAGCUUACAACAUCCUCUCCGACUCACUACUCAGGGACACUUGAUCACCCACGAUCUGGAAGAUUUUUGGGAAGCAGAAACAGACUGGGCUGCUUUCAAGCCAUUCUUUGCCCAACCUAUAUCUGCGCUUGGGAUUGCCCCAACCCAGUCUACAUCUUCCUCUUCUCAUUUUACAUCUGGGUGUUACGAUGAUUCUGAAAGAACUCAGGGAGCAUAUUCAAGACUGCAUAGCCAGCAGCAAGAUAGUGAUUCAAAGCGACCUAAGCUGUCUUGUACGUCUACCUCUUCUGUGAGAAGUAAUGGCUUAACUGCCUUUUCAGAUUCCUCUUGGAGAUAUAGUAGGAUUCCUAGAUCUUCAUCUGUGAUGUUUGGUUCCCUGGGAACUGAGCUAGUGCGAGAGCGAAGAGAGUUAGAAAGAAGAACAGAUCAGUCCUUUAAUAAUCUGGUGGAUCAUAGCUACAGAAACAGUGACUUUUCAUCUUCAGCAUAUUUUCAGGAUAGGCCUGCCUCUACAUAUGCGGAAGGAGCAAGACCAAAAGAGAACUCAUUGAGUGCUUUGAGGUUAAAUGCAUCCAUGAACCACCAGUUGCCUUCUGCUCAUCAGACAUCUUUUUUCAGCAGAGACUCUAACAUAAGGUCUUCAAGGACCAGCUAUUCUUCAAGACAAAGGAGAAAUGAAAUAGAAUCUCCCCAGAGAAAUGGACACCCUCAUUCAUUUUCUCAUUCUACCACUAGAGGCGAAACUCCUUCAAGUAGUUCUGAAAGGGUUUUAUCUUCUCAGAGGUCACUGAAUGAUGCUGCAGCUGACAGUGAAGGAAGACGCACAACCAGACAGUUGCUGUCUCGUUUAGCAUCUAGUAUGUCAUCUACGUUUUUCUCUCGAAGAUCUAGCCAAGACUCAUUGCAGACAAGGUCAUUAGGCUCUGAAGAGUCAUCUCUUGUCCCAAGAGUUCAAGCUGCUACUCUGUCUGGCACUAAUGGAGCUGCAACUCCUGAAGCUCCAGGAUUUCAUACAUCUGAAGCUUCUCAGGGAUUUAGUUUUCUGAGACGAAGAUGGGGUUUACCAGGAGUUUCACAGAAUCUUAACUCUGAUCCAGAUGGGGAAAGCUACAGACCAGACUCUGAAAGUAGAAGCACAGGGUCCUGGUUGUCAUCAUCUUUGAGGAACAGAUGUACGCCCCUCUUCUCCAGAAGACGGAGAGAAGGAAGAGAUGAGUCUGCAAGAAUCUCUACCUCUGAUGCAGCUGCUAGACCACAACACGUUUUGAGAAGAAGGGAGUCAGGUGAGGAGACCUCUCUUGAAGCAUCAGAUGGCCCUCCUAGGGCUUCUGUUAGCAGACCACCAACACCUGCAGUAUCUGGUAUUUCCACGGCUACGGCCUCCCCACCAGAUUCAACCCACAAUAGGAGAAGUUCUGGAAUUCUGCCUGGUUCUCUCUUUCGCUUUUCAGUGCCUCCAACAUUAGGAAGCAGUCUAUCUGACAAUCUUAUGAUAACUGUAGAUAUUAUUCCUUCUGGCUGGAGUCAGUCUGAUGGACAAGAAAGUGACAAAUCCAAAAUACCACCUUCAAGAGAUCCAGAAAGACUGCAGAAAAUUAAAGAGAGUUUGCUUUUAGAAGAUUCUGAGGAUGAAGAGGGUGACCUAUGCAGAAUCUGUCAGAUGUCCUCUGCAAGUACUGACAACAAUUUAAUAGAGCCGUGCAAAUGCACUGGAAGUCUGCAGUAUGUUCACCAGGAGUGCAUGAAAAAAUGGCUGCAGUCCAAGAUUAAUUCAGGUUCUUCUUUGGAAGCAGUAACUACUUGUGAACUAUGUAAGGAGAAGCUGCAUCUGAAUCUGGAAGACUUUGACGUUCAUGAGCUCUAUAGGGCACAUGCAAAUGAACAAGCAGACUAUGAAUUUAUCAGCUCUGGUCUCUACCUUGUGGUGUUGUUGCACUUAUGUGAGCAGCGCUUUUCUGAUAUGCUUGGAACCGCAAAUGAGGCCAGCACACGUGUCAGAUUUAUUAACCUUGCAAGAACUCUUCAGGCACAUAUGGAAGAUAUUGAAACUUCUGAGGAUGAUUCUGAAGACUGAUGCUGGUGUAACUUUUAUGCUGAAAGAAACAGAAGUGCUGCAGAAAUGCUGAACUGACAAGAACAACAUCAACAUGCAUUUGUUUUUGGCUCUCCUUCAUAAAAAGAGCGUUGACUAUUACUGUACUUUUUGAAGCAUUGUUUAAUUCAAAAUCAGCUGCUGCACUGUGGAAGUCAGUGGACUCGAGAACUAUUCAGCAUGUGUGAAGAUUUUCUAUAUGUAUGUGUGUGUAUAUAUGCACACAGUAUAUAUAUAUAUGCACAUAUAUAUGUAAAGCAACUUCACUUUUUAAAUGAAGGUAUGCUUCAUUUUGGGAGACAUCAGAUUUUGAGUAUAUAAGAAAGCUAUAUCUCUUUCUUUCCUUCUUACUGUAGUCACAUUUCUGGUUUUGUCUAUCAAGUUUUGCUCCUCUACUGGCACUAAGUGGUUAUUGUGGGUUUUGGGGGUGGGGUUGGGGAGGGAGGGUGGGGAUGUUCUCGUACCUAAACAGCAUUUUUUGUUAAUGCCUCUGUUGUCACCUCAUAUAAUAAUUGAUUGCUUCCAGUGUUAAUAAAUGAGCAGGAGGAUGAGCAAACUACAGUAGGGACUGUUUGGUUUUCAGUUUACUUGAAAAGUAUUAUUUAACUGAAAAAGCAAUAAGAACUUGCAGUGGUCUUCUAAUACUUAGUGUUAAUGAUGUUUUUAUUUACUGGUUUGGAGAUUAUUUGAUUUGACUUUAUGUGAGUAUUCCGUUAUGGAAUAUUGCAGGUGUAAAUUCUUGCAUUUCAGCAUUCCUGGCAGAUAAGCAAUUUGAUAAUGACCUAAGGUUGUUCAGUUCAGUCAGACCUUUUUAGGUCUCACCUUCACUGUUCAAAGCACUGGCUAUCAAUGUGUUUUCUAGUGUUGUCACUUCUUUAUAAAUAAAUUAAGAAUGAGGUAUGCAUCUCA